UUUGUACAAUGCGCAGGUCAUCACGACGAGUUGACCUUUGACUUAAUGUGCGUAACUUUCGCGCCAACUUGAAACAGCUGAGAAGGUCGUUUCGAUUCCAAUACAUUUUCACAGUUUUCGGCACAAUGAUGUCAACAAAUUCUGAAAAGCUUGAUUUGCCGCAAAGUUUACCAGAGUUAAAGGCAAUUGAUGACUCUUUGCGAUGUGAAAUAUGUUUUGAGUAUUUCACGACUGCUCUGAUUCUGCCAACAUGCUCACACAAUUAUUGCUCACUUUGUAUCAGGAGAUUUAUGAAUUAUAAAAGUCAAUGUCCCACAUGUCAGACGCCUGUCUUGGAACCAGAACUCCGAAAUAAUAGGGUACUGGACAAUCUUGUGAAAAACUACUUGUCUAUUAGACCCAAGCUGUUGAGAUCACUUUCAGAUUCCAAUACACCUCCUGUUAUUAGCUCGGAACAUAAUGAUGAUGGCGCGAUCAUUGUUAACAACAGAGAUGACAAAAGCCCAAAUGCCAUCAAGUGUGCCUUCAAAAAAGUGAAAAGUCCCAAGACGGAGAAAUCGAAAAAACCUAGCAGUCAUGUGGAGAGCACACCACAACCUGGAACUUCAACUGAUAGUGGGAAAGUCAAUGAAGACGUUACAAUACUCAAAAGCUUUCCCAGUCCUGCGAAUCAAAGUAGAGUGACAAGCAGUUUGCCUAAAGCUAACUGCCCAGUGUGUGGGGUCACGUUACUUGAAAAGAACAUCAAUGCUCACCUUGACUUGUGUUUAAACAGCGAUCCAAAAAAGUCAGCUCUUAGAAGCUCAGCGCCCAAGAGAAAAACGCUGCCUAAACUUGUGUACAACCUCAUGUCUGAUAAGGAUCUCAAGAAGAAAUUGAAAGAGUACAAUCUCUCUGUGCAAGGAAGCAGACAGGUUCUUAUCAAGAGGAUCCAAGAAUUCACUUUACUUUACAAUUCACAAUGUGACUCAGAAAAUCCUAAAUCAGCUGCCGCUAUUGCCAAGGAUGUUGAGAAGAAUGAGAAGAUGAAAACACAGUUAGCGCACAAAGAAUCAAUCAAACAAGCGAAGCUGGUAUUUGACAAAGGUGAAUCUGAGGAAGAACAGGAAAAGAAAAAAGAAAAGUAUAUGAAAACUCACAAAUCACAGUACGAUCAGCUGAUUAAUGAAGUGAAAAAAAGGAUGGGAACCCGAAGAACAAAAAAGGCAAAUCAAGCGGAAAUGGAAGAUUCAGGCGAUAAAAAUAUGGAAUCUGCAACAACCUCACAGUCAGAUGCAGUUCCAUCCACAUCGUCAACCUCCAUGGAAACUGAAAUAAGCAAUAGCGGUGACACUCCAGUUGCUAUGGAUACGCAAUCCUCUGAAUCAUCGCUUGCUACAAACAGAAUUAACGAGUCAGAAUUUGACAUAGCAGAAAAAUGUGUGUCAAGUAAAGAUGAACUGAAAUUUAUUGAUUCAAUUUCAGCUGAAAAUGUGAACAGCGAUUCAGACUUUGCUGUAGAUGCUACAGCCAGUGAUGGGAAUUCUACUAGAAAAAAAUCCAAAAGGCCAGUCGGUAGACCAAAGAAACAUCAGAAAUCACACUCUGCCGUGCAUCAGAAAGAAAAACAAAAACUUUCUGAACCAGAGGUUGCACCAGAAGAGAAGCAGUGCAUUGUGGAUGAACAAAGUGAUGAGGAGCAGCUUUCACCAAGCAUAUUCAGUGAUCCGAUGCCAGAAAUGAAACAAUCCACGUCACCAGGAUCUAGUCCAAUAUUUGGGAAUCAACCACAGACAGAUAAACGAGAAAGUCGGUCGCCGUCAUCUACACCGUCACUGGGAUUUGGACCGCUUGAGUCAAGUGAAUUUGGCAGCAAUUCAGAAACCAUGUUAGACGAUGAUAUGGGGAAGAUUUUACAAACCUUGGAAAGCCCUACCACAGUGCCGAAAAGAUCACUUCGUAAAAGAAAGCAGGAAUCCAUGGCAAGUCCAGAUUACUCUACUGGUGAAAACUGUAGUUCCAGUGAAGUUGAAACCACGAAACGAAAAAGAAAAGCACCCAGAAAAUAACAAUAAUAUUUUUUUUUAUUUCUGGUUUUUAAUUUUACCAAGAAACAUUGCUUACUUGAAUACACUAGGUAUUCAUAGAGAAAAAAAAAUGUUUUUUGUAGUAUAUUGGUAGGUAUAGUUUGCUUCCCUGCUUUGUAAAUGAACAUGUGUGUUGAUGUCACAUGACUGCCUUUGCAACUUUUAC